AUGGAUCUAGCCCAUCUUUUUCCCUGUUGGUGAGGAAAGGAGAGUACCCGUACAAUAUGUGCGCACAACCAAAAACAACAGACCAGAGCAGAAAAAGAAACCGCAGGAAAACAAGUGCCUAUGGCGACGUUGGAAUUUGAAUACCAUCAACACCACCUGAGGAUCUCAUCCCAAUACAGCAAUGGCCAACAAUAAUGUCACCGGAUCUCCCCUCGAGAAAACCAGCUUGGCUUCACUCGACCAGAGGCUGGCCAUGGCGAAACGGUGCUCUCGCGAGGGUGUAAAAGCUGGAGCCAAGGCGGCUGUUCUAGUGGGGAUAGCAACGGCCAUCCCAACCCUGGCUAGUGCAAGGAUGCUGCCCUGGGCAAGAGCAAACCUCAACCACUCAGCUCAAGCACUCUUAAUCUCAACAGUUGCUGGAGCAGCUUAUUUCAUAGUUGCUGACAAGACUGUCUUGGCCACGGCUAGGCGGAACUCCUUCAAGCAAGUCUCCAACAUUGAGGCAUGAACUCAAAAAACUAGACAAGAAGCUAAUAUGGCUUCCGUUUCGACCCAACUUGUAUCUGAGUGAACUAGAAAGCAGAGCACCAUCUUGUGUCACAUAAAAAUUAAGGAUGCGUUCUUCUGCUUCACACUGAAGAUAAAUCUACUUCAAAUUUUAUAUAAGAAUGAAGAGUAUGAGUAUGUACUCAGUAA